AGCAGCCGCCGCGGCUGAAGUUAAAGCGGCGUCUCAGCCCGCCGGAGAGGCAGAGCUGCGAGCCGGCUGUGCGCGCCGGGUGCCUGCUCCGAGGCGGCGAUCGCGGGCGGGCAGAGCCAUGACGGACCGCUGCAGCCUCUGGAGCGCCCUCUCGGCGGCCGCCUGCUGCUUCUACCGGGGAUCCUUCAUGCAGGUGCAGUUCUCCAAGGAGAAAUACAUCCUCGACUCGUCCCCCGAGAAGCUUCACAAGGAGCUGGAAGAGGAGUUGAAACUCAGCAGCACAGAUCUGCGCAGCCAUGCCUGGUAUCACGGGCGCAUUCCCCGGGAGGUGUCGGAGAGCCUGGUCCAGAGGAACGGUGACUUCUUGAUCCGGGACUCGCUCACCAGCCUGGGCGACUACGUCCUCACCUGCCGCUGGCGCAACGAGCCCCUCCACUUCAAGAUCAACAAGGUGAUGGUCAAGACCAGCGAGGGCCGCACCCACAUCCAGUACCUCUUCGAGCAGGAGAGCUUCGACAACGUCCCGGCCCUGGUGCGCUUCUACGUGGGCAACCGGAAGCCCGUCUCGGAGCUGAGCGGCGCCGUCUUCUACUGCCCCAUCAACCGCACCUUCCCCCUGCGCUACCUGGAAGCCAGCUAUGGGCUGGCCAACGGGAAGCACAGCCACUCGCACAGCCACUCCAGCCAGAAGGGGGCCCACAUCAAGCGCCGGAGCAUCACCAUGACCGACGGGCUGACGGCCGACAAGAUCACCCGCGGCGAGGGGUGCCCGACCAGCGUCUCGCUACCACACCACCGGGACAUCAUCCGGAACUGUGCGGUCAGCGUGGACCAGAUCCAGGACCUCCACUCGCCCAUGUCCCCCAUCUCCGAGAACCCCGCCACGCCAGCCUACAGCACGGUUACACGGCUAAAACCGCAAGCCAGUCAGGCAAGCAAUGGCAUUGCCCCAUCAUCCCCGGUCAUCAGGAGAUCCAGCGAGCCACAGCUCAGCCAAGGGAACAAUGGCAAGGCCGACCAGCCGGACAGCACCCACUCCACCCCUUCCCACGGAUACUCCCGGGCAUCUCCUUCCCCCUCCGUGAGCAGCUACAGCGAUCCAGACACGGGACAUUAUUGCCAGCUCCAUCCCCCUUCCCCGGUCAACUGGGACCGGCCGACGCAAGACGGGAAACCCACCCCAGCCAAGAGCUACGUGGAGAGGCUGAAGGGGGACGAGGCCCAGCGGGGGAUCGUGCUGAACGGCUCCGAGGUGGGACCCAGGAAGAGGCCCGAGCUGGACGGCUUCGUCGCCCCGACAGUGGAGAAGGCCUCCUCCUUCAACCCCGCCAUGUUCCGCUCUCUGCUGAUCCCGUUGGAGAACAAGCCCUUGGAGAUGGCGGUGCUCAAGAAGGUCAAAGAGCUCCUGGCCGAGGUGGACGCGAAGAUCCUCGCCAAGCAUGUCACCAAAGUCGAUUGCCUGGUUGCUAGGAUACUGGGCGUUACCAAGGAGACACAGAGGCUCAUGGGAGUGAGCUCGGGGAUGGAGCUCCUCACCCUGCCACAUGGACACCAACUCCGGCUGGAUCUGCUGGAAAGGUUCCAUACCAUGACCAUCAUGAUUGCUGUGGAUAUUCUGGGUUGCACGGGAAGCAUGGAGGAGAGGGCGUCCCUUCUCCACAAGACCAUCCAGUUGGCCGCUGAGCUGAAGAGCCCGAUGGGCAACAUGUUCAGCUUUGCCGCCGUGAUGAACGCGCUGGAGAUGACCCAGAUCUCGCGGCUGGAGCAGACCUGGAUGGUUCUACGCCAGCGCCACACCGAAGGUGCCAUCCUCUACGAGAAGAAACUGAAGCCUUUCCUGAAGAGCCUGAAUGAAGGCGAUGAAGGACCCCCCUUGUCCAAUACGACCUUCCCUCACAUUGUGCCCCUUAUCACCCUCUUGGAACGUGACACAGCCCUUCCGGACAACCCGGAGCCCUGGGAGAACUUGGACAACGGGGUCGAGGUUGUGAUGGCCCACCUGGAAGCCGCACGCAUGGUGGCUCACCAUGGGGGACUUUACCACACCAACGCAGAAGUAAAACUGCAGGGCUUUCAGCCACGGCCGGAACUCCUGGAGAUCUUCAGCACGGAAUUCCAGCUACGCCUCCUGUGGGGCAGCAGAGGCGCCGAGAGCAGUCAGAGCGAGCGCUAUGAGAAGUUCAACAAGGUCCUCACAGCCUUGUCCCAUAAAUUGGAGCCAGCUGUGCGCUCUAGCGAACUGUAGCCCAGCAGGGCCAGCUCUGAUCAAGACCAGCAAGGAAAAGGGCGGCCCCCAGUAAACCGCCAGCAGCUUCCUCUGCACUUCAGCCUUGGCAAGAUGUUAGCCUUGUGCGGGGCGAUGCUCUCAGGCUGGCACGGAGGAGCCCCAAGGCUGGUGUUUCUAUCCGCAAAUGCGAUUAGAAAUGCAGCAGCUAAAGCCAGGAUUGGGCCAUACUAAAAAAAGGCCUCUCUCUGCAUGAGUCACUGACGAUCAAUGUACAGACCGUAAAGCAGAUGGCUUCCUUCCUGGAGGAGUUGGCAAGGACAUAGCUCUUCCUUUCUACCACCGUCACAGUCGUUGCCACCCUUGUGAGCAGGACAAAGAUGUAUUGCUGCAGCUGCUGCAUCAACCAGACAUCAUUUAAGUAACCAUUGGAGGAUCUGCCUUCCAGGUUCCUAGCACAGCUUAUGGCUGCUACAGAAACAUCGAGCUCUGGGGGUGUCGGGGUGUAAGAACUCGGCCGCUUCAAACCUGGGCGUGACUGACUUUGAAGACUUAUUGUUGCAUUUUAGGCCAAGAUGUAGAAAUCUUCUGCCCCCAGUUAGCCACAUUCUUCUUCAGACUCUCUCGGGUCUUUCGCCCCUCGUCAAAAUUCACGGGAGCAAGGAGGCCUCUGUCUUACCCAGUAACUGUUGGCUCCUUGCUCGGAUAUCCACAGCAAUCCCUGGUCCAAAGAGCAGAGCGUGGGAACUCCUCAGUGCCUCUCUCUAGAACCUGAGGAAGUAAGGUCUCCCUUUUCCAAUCAGGUCACUAUUUGGUCUGGCUUAGACCUACCUAGGUAGGUAAAGUUGUGCCGUCGAGUCAGUGUCGACUCGUGGCGACCACAGAGCCCUGUGGUGGUCUUUGGUAGAAUACAGGAGGGGCGUACCAUUGCCAUCUCCCACACAGUAUGAGAUAAUACCUUUCAGCAUCUUCCUGUAUCACUGCUGCCCGAUAUAGGUGUUUCCCGUAGUCUGGGAAACAUCCCAGCGGGGAUUCGAACCGGCAGCCUCUGGCUUGCUAGUCAUUUCCCCGCUGCGCCUAACUACAUGUGGGCAAAUGGCCACUGCCAGCCCAUAUCUCUUCCCUUCCCAUGGCUCUCCAAUAAUAUCCCCAAGAGCCAGUGUGGUGUAGGGGCUAGAAUAUCGGACCAGGACACCUCAAAGUCAGGGUAUACUCAUCCAUAAAAUCCGCUAGCAUGGGGCCAAUCACCAUCUCUCAGCCUAUCCUACCUCACAGGGGUGUUGCAAGGCUAAAGUGGGUGAGGGGAGAGCCAUUUUAUGCCAUUCUAAGCUCCUUUGAGGAAGAGUGGGAUAGAAAUGAAACAAAGGAAAGACAAGAUGUGACAGAGUCACCUUCAGAAAUACGUAAUUGCUCUUGCAUCACGUAUUUCUUUCACCAAAUGUUACGAGGAAGACAUAUAGGGAGCUAUGGGGUUUGAUGUCUGCCUUAAUGUGCUUAAGGCUCUCAAGUUUAAACGGUGCCUAUGUCCCUGUCUUCACUCUUGCAGUAAAAAAAGGUAGCAUCAUAAACUUGGCCUUCCUGGAGGUGCUCUUGCUUCAGUUGUUUCUUUGGUUCAAGAAUCACAGCUACACAUACAACCGUUCAUCGAUCUCAGACCUUUGUUUGCCUCUUAUCUUUGGGGCCUUUUCUGUAAAUAAAAGAUCCACACUGGUGUGUGUGUGUGUAUAUAUAUAUAUAUUUGUUUGUUGUAAAUACUCGCCUCAUUUUUUUGUCUUGUAAAUUAAUGUACAUAUACCAUGGAGUGUCUCUCUUUUGGUUCUUGCAUACAAUAAACUUUUAUGCUUUUUUCUUCAAGAAA